UUUCCUAUGUCCAUUCAACGAAUAAGUCUACCAGUUGGAUGUGAGUCUUUGUUACCCAAGCUUAGAAUAUUAUGUUUACGGAAGGCAAUACGCACAACACGCAAAGCGGUGUUUUCGAAACUCAAUUGCAUAAUCAAGGUUGAGAAUCAAAUACACAACCAAGAUCCGGGGUCACUACAGGAGAUCAAUCGAAAAAUUGUUACAUUCCAGCGUAAGCUCGAAAGAAGCCUAUCCUUACGUUAUCAGAAGAAAUUUGACUGGAUACUAAACAAGCAAAAACCACAGGAGGCAAUACAACUCCCAUCCAUGAUAUGCUGGGAUAACAUAUCACCUCCGGAUUUUCUAGUUCGCUCACUAUCACAGGGACCUAUGUUUGCCCCUCGUGAUUCAUACAUACGAACUGAAAAAGUGAUGCCAGAUUUAGAAAAUCUGAUCACGGGGAUGAGCGAAGUGCACAAAGAAUACUACAGAUGGAAGUCAGCAUUCAAGAUACAACAGGCCAACAACCGCAUACAGGACGAAAGAAAUUGGAAGCAGAUUCACAAAUCCAAAAAAUGGUUAGCGGAUAAUAACAUAGUGGUUCUCAAGGCGGAUAAAAGCAAGGCUCUAGUGUUAUUACAGAGAAAUACGUACGUUUCGAUGAUGCAAAAAUACAUCAAUGAUACGGAGUGUGAACCUAUCGAGGAUGGAUUUGUCAACAAACUACAAGCGCGGGUAAAAAAGUUUACUCAAACACCGUUCGCUAGAGAGUUGGGCAUAAGUAGGGCAGUGGUGCCGUCCCCGGACACUCCCAGGCUCUUUGCCUUCGCCAAAACGCACAAGGAUAAACCUGCAUUAAGACCGAUCCUUGACAAAGCGAGAUCGCCCACUAGGAUGUUAGACACAGCUAUUCAUAAACAUAUAGCUCAUAGCUUAAACAAUUAUCCAUGGUCAGUAAGAAACUCUGCAGAGUUAUUAGAGGCUUUAAGACCGCUUAGCAUUAAUGAUCGUACUUACAUCACGGUUCUUGAUUUCGUGUCUUUAUACCCGUCUAUAAAAAUCCAGCCAUGCUUUUGCGCAAUUAGGGACCUCUUACUAAAGUCGCAUGGAGCAUACCGUAAACAAAUAUUGGAACUGGCCCACUUGUUAUGCUACAACUCAUUUUUUAGGUUCAACAACAAAACGUAUCUACAGAAACGCGGGGUCCCGAUGGGCAGCCCAAUAUCGGGGGAUUUAUGUGAAUUAGUCGUUAGACAACUGGAACAAAAAAUCAUACCUAUGUAUAGUUCCAACAUACUUAUUUAUAAAAGGUACGUUGAUGAUAUCUUUAUUAUGUGGAAGGCUAAACCAGAUAUAAAUAACUUCAUUGAUGCAAUGAAUAAUAACCCGUAUGGCCUCUGCAUUAAACUAGACCAAAUAAGCAAUUCAAACGCUACCUUCCUAGAUAUCAACAUACAAUUAGGAGGCAAUAUGAUAUCAACUAGGGUCCAUUACAAGCCAUGCUACACACCUCGAUUUAUCCCUGCCAGUUCGGAUGAUCCAUUUUCGUACAAGGUCGCAGCAUUCCGGGCCCUAACCAAGAGAGCUUUCACACACCACUCAAACUUUGAAGAUACAUUAGCGGAGUUACAACACAUCCAGAACAUAGCCACACAACAUGGGUAUGGGAAAAGAUUAAUUCAAAACCUGGCGUUGGCCUACUCAUCACGUGUAUACAACGAUAGCUCACGCACGAACAACUCGAAUAAUUUGCAGUGUGUAGCGGUGGUUGAAUAUAACCGCCACCUAGAUCCGAUUUACAGAGAAAUUGCGAAGCGUAUAAACAAAAGAAUAGCAUAUAAGAGGCGCAAUACUAUUUACAACAUUCUGCGCAAUAGCAAAGACAACAUAGACGAAAGGUAUGCACCGGGAGUGUAUUCUGUCCCGUUAAGAGACCAUAGAUUUCAAAGGGAUCUUAUAUAUAUUGGCUCCACCAUACGCUCUCUGGAUAAACGUAUGCGCGAACACAAAUAUGACAUUGAACACAACAGAUGCACCACUGCCCUAUCUACGUAUGCUUCGACCCCUGGCAUAAGUGCUAACUUGCAGAACGCGCAAAUCAUUAAAAUGUCACACAGAAGAGAACACGUACGAACGCUAGAAGCUUUGGAAAUUUAUAAAGCAGGAUUACGUAAUAGCUGUAUCAACUAUAAAGAUGCUAUUAAUAUUUCGGCAGCUUGGAGGUUUGCGUAUGAAGCAGAAUGCCCCCACAACUCUAUGUAAGGUGUUAUACAUCGUUUACAUGUAUAUGUAAAAUAAUAUUUGUGAAUAUUUGGGUUCACGUACGUAAUGACUAAUACGCAUGCGCGUAAUGAAUUUUAUACGCAAAGAUGUAUAUGUUCCAAAAUGUUUAAA